CUCUAUCUGAAUCAUGAAAGUUUAAUUACUACUUUUCUGUCCCUUUAACAUUUAAAAAGUAGGGUUCAGAAGUAUGGCAUGUCAGGGCAGGGGUACAUGUAUGUAAGGGGUGGGGAUCACUGUAUCAUAUGUUUGUAGUUUUAAAGUUUCUUUGUAAUAUCCAAUUCCUUUCACAAACCUGAACUGUAUUAAAAGUGAUCGGUGGGAUGUUUAAAAAAAUAUAUUUAAAUAUAGACAAUUUGCUAAUUUGAGGGGUAUCAGAUUUGCUAUUUUAAAAUCAGUUUUAUUUUGUUCACAAGUCUGCAAUUCUGAUACUAUUCAGAAGGUUAACAAAUAUUGGAAACAUUAAAAGGGAAAAUUAGGAAAACAGGUAAGGGAACUUUUAUUUAGAAGGGGAAAUUUAAACAACUCCCAAACCGGUCUGCUUAAUGUUCUGUACAAUAGACACACCCUGAGUAACAAGUAAAAAAGUUAAUGAAGAAGAGUUAGUUCCUUUAAUAUUAACAGAAUAUAAAGAUGCUGGCAAGUGUAUUCUUCUGGAACGUGACACUGCUGGCGAGUUUUCAUUUCUGUGCCGUAGCUGCCUCCGGUGUGCAACUGAGGGGCAAUGGGUAUGAAAAUAUAGUGAUCGCUAUUAAUCCGCAAGUACAAGAAAAUCCACAGAUCAUAUCAAACAUCAAGGAUAUGAUAUCUGAAGCUUCCCUGUACUUGUUUAAUGUCACAAAGAGAAGAUUUUAUUACAGGGAAGCGAAGAUUUUAAUUCCUUCUUCCUGGCAGUCUCUUAAUUAUCAGAGACCCAAACAUGAAACAUAUGAAAAGGCAAGUAUAAUUGUUGCCAAUCAAAAUUUAAAUAAUGGCAAUGAUCCAUAUACUUUGCACUAUAAAGGAUGUGGAAAAAUGGGGAAAUAUAUUCAUUUUUCUCCUGACUUCUUAACUGAUGACACAUUGCUUCCUAUAUAUGGAUCAAGAGGGAGAGUAUUUGUCCAUGAAUGGGCUCACUAUCGAUGGGGUUUAUUUGAUGAGUAUAAUUAUGAAACACCUUUUUUUGUUUCCGUUGAUGAUAAGAUUAAACCAACAAGAUGUUCUUCGGAAAUUGCUGGCAUGUAUAUUUGUAAAAAAAGAUCCUGCUCUGAUGGAAAUUGUAUAAUUGACCCCCAGACAGGAAAUUUUGAAGAAGGAUGUAUGUUUUUAUAUAAUAAAACUCAGAAAGCAAAAUCAUCCAUAAUGUAUAUGCAGGCGUUGUCUUCUGUUGUGGAGUUUUGUGAUGAAAACAGUCACGACAGGGAAUCUCCAAAUAUGCAAAACAAAAUGUGUAGCUAUCGCAGCACCUGGGACGUUAUUAAAGGUUCCUCUGACUAUAGGGACACAUUGCCUAUGACGGGCAAUGAUCUUCCUCCUCUGCCGUCCUUUUCAUUGCUCCAGACCGGCGUUAGAAAAAUCUGCUUGGUGCUGGAUGUCUCAGAACACAUGUCUAUGAUCCGUCGUAUGCAACAAGCAGCAGCCAUUUUUCUUCUACACAUUGUUGCUACAGACUCUUAUGUAGGGAUUGUCACUUAUAAUGAGACUGCAGAAGUUAAGUCUCCUCUACGUGAAAUAGUUAAUGAUGAUGUGCGCAUGAACCUUACACGGCAUCUUCCUGCCACUUCCAAUGGAGACGCGAGUAUCUGUAAAGGAAUAAUAUCAGCUCUGCAGGUGCUUAAAAGCCCAGAUGGAAACACAGAUGGAUCUGAAAUAAUCUUAGUAGCCAGUGGUGAAGAUAGAAACCUGGAUAGUUGUUUCUCUGAUGUGUCACUGGGUGGCGCUGUUAUUCAUACCAUAGCUAUAGGGACCAAAGCAGACUCACAACUUGAAUAUUUGUCAGAAAUGUCUGGAGGAGAUACAUUUUUUGCCUCUGACAAUAUGGAAUCAAACAGCUUAAUCAAUGCCUUCAGCGAAAUCCCCCCCAGGCAUGGAAAUAUUGCCCAACAGUUAAUUAAGCUGGGAAGUGUUUCAAGGCUCACCAGUGCGGGUGGGCAGUUAUCUGGCUUUGUGACAAUCGACCGUACGCUGGGAAAUGACACCUCGUUCAUUAUCACCUGGCAAGUUUCCGAGUUACUGGAAGUUCUUAUUCAGGAUCCCGCUGGAAAUAACUAUUCUACAGAAAAUCUCCAAUAUGACUUAGAUUUACAAGUUGCUUGUCUGCGUGUUCCAGGAAUCGCCCAGGAUGGGACUUGGACAUACAAUGUAAUAAAUAAAGCCAACAUUAGCCAGGUGUUUGGCAUGUUUGUAACCUCAAGACCAGCUUCUGAAGCCAUCGCGCAAGUGAUUGUCCAUGUCGAUAUCAGUACAAAUACAAUCACCUUCCCCAAUCCAGUGAUUAUAGCUGCAGAAGUUAAACAAGGGUUUUCUGCCAUAUUAGGAGUGAAUGUCACAGCCACCAUUGAACCUGAAUUUGGAAAUCCAUUUUUCUUGACACUGCUUGAUGAUGGCGCAGGUGCUGAUGUUGCCAAGGACGAUGGAGUAUAUUCAAAAUAUUUAUUCUCUUUCACACAAAAUGGCAGAUUCUCAGUAAAUGUUGACGUUGAAUGGGAAGACACUGCAACUCUUAUACCUGUGAAAAUCAGUCGCUCUAUGUAUAUUCCUGGGUACAUAGAGAAUGGUACAAUCAAUAUGAAUCCACCAAGGCCUCUAGCAAGUGAGGCUGAAAGCACUAUACAAAGCUUUAGAAGAACUGUCACUUCAGGAAGCGGUAGCGUGACAAAUGUCUCUCAUCAGACAACUACUGAUAUGUUUCCUCCCUGUAGAAUAACAGACCUUGAUGCAAAAAUGGAAAAUGGUUAUGUAUGGUUGUCUUGGACAGCACCUGGGGACAAUUAUGACCAGGGAACCGUAUCAAGAUAUGAAAUGAGAAUGAGCUCCAGUCCCAUGGAUUUAAGAGAAAACUUUUUCAGUGCAGCAGUUAUUAACGCUUCUACUUUAAAACCACAGAAUGCUGGAAACAGAGAAAUAUUUUCAUUUGCUCCUCCAAACAACAUCGUAACGGAGAACGGGAGCAUUACGUAUAUUGCAAUCUGUGCCAUAGAUAAAGCAUCUCUGCAUUCAGAAAUAUCUAAUUUAGUUCAAGUUGUCAAGCUAGCGUAUUCAAAAAAUAUUAAUUUUGUUAAUUCGGAAGAAGUUGCAAGGUUUAACAUUCCGGCUGUGAUUGUUAUUGUUGUUUCCUUAGUUUGUGUUUGUCUUGUGUUGGGAGCGAGUGUAUAUGCCUUUAAGAAUGGUAAAUUAUGCAGGUUACAUAGGCAAAAACCUGAAAAUCAAAAUAACAUAUCUAAAUCCAAAAUGCAAGGUAUUGACUCUACAAAAGAGGAAGUCCGUUUACCAAUAUUAUCUGAAAAUAAUACCCCAGGAAAAAUUAUAGCAGAUAUAGAAGUUGAUCAUGAGGUUUAAGGAAAAUGUGUUUGUGAAAGAAAACAGAGAAAACAACACAGAAAAAAAAUGUAAUGGGUCAUAUUGGUGUACAUCGCACAAGCAAACUAACCAAUCAACAAGUUCAUUAGCAACAGGUUUAAGAAAAUACAUGGAGGAAUUUUUAAAACAAGUUAACAUCUUGUUUGCUGCAGUUUUUUUUGACAGCCAAACUGCACCCAACACGUCAUAUUUGGAGGACCCAAUCCGGACUUGUUACUAGAGAAGACAAAGUUUGCCACGGUUAUUAUGUUGGAAAAUACUGCAGUUCUUUAUCUGAUAACCUUUACUGAGACAAUGUGCACGAUGGACUUUGAAGAUGUUUACAUUCCUUUUAACCUCCCAAACAUCAGAAUAUCCCACUGCUAAAUUACAUUGGCUGAAGCACCAUUGGCAUCCAUCAUAACAAUCUAUUGCAAGUAAUUCUUGCCUUGCACGGUACCCCUUUAACUCCCUUCCCUUCAGCAAAACUAAUACCCCAUCCAAGAGAAGUGCUACUCAAGUGCUUCACACUUCAAGGGUCUCCUGAUAUAAGGGACCACCCUCCAUAGCAAGCUCCACACUCUGCAAGACUCCCGGAAAUAGGUCCAAAUGUAUAUUUUUCCAAAAUUCUCAUCUCAAUGAUGAUCAAUAGUUCAGCUACUUUGGUUCAGAAUCUUUUUUUUUUAUGUUUAUAGAUAUUUUGUAUUAAAAAUGUCAGCUUCUAAUUUGUUGCAUUGUGAGGAAUGAGAGAGGCUUGCAAGGAAGAUGAGACUAGGAUGUUGUGUGCUGUUUGGGAGUCAGUCACUAAGGUCGAGAUUAUUGGUAACUAAGGGUUCAAUUUAAUAAAGGACUUUUUGUUGUGA